GAGAAACAUUGAUCAGCUGUUUAUAGUUUUGUAAUCAUAGAAAAAAACAGAAUUGGAAUUUUUGUUAAAUUUCAAGAAAAAUAGUAUAAUUCUCAAAUAAAAUAUGGCUUUAGCUCAAAGAAUCCUUAAAGAAAUCGUAGGCAAAACUGUUAAGCUGCCGGUUACAGCACGUUUUUCAAGUUUCUUGUCUUCCGAUAAAGUACAUGCCUUGGAAGAAUAUCCCGAAGUAGAAGUUUUAAAAAAUCCUCCAGAAUGGAAAUACGUAGAGCGUUUGUUGCCCAAGAAAGUAGUACCAAAAAUUGAACCUAAAGCCGAAUAUCCCUCGGGCUGGAAACCACCAUCUGUGGGCUUACACAAUGUAGACAAAUUGAAAUAUUUUGUAGCGCGUUCCCGAAACCACAUGAUGCCUGUUUACUUAGAGAGCACCUUCCGUGGUCAACGUAGAGUAACUGUGGUGAAACAUGUUCAUGGAAAUAUCUGGGAAUUGGAAAAGGAACUGCGCCAGUUGGUGGAAAAAGCCCGCAACGGAAAACUAUGUGCCACAAGAGUAAACGAAAUGAGCGGUCAAGUGCGUGUGCAUGGUGAUUACGUAGACAUUGUUAGAGAAUAUUUGAAAUCCAAGGGUUAUUAGGCAAUAAAGUGAUCAUAAGUUCUUGUUAUAUUUCUGUUUUCAUCGAAAACAUA